AUGACGAAUUCGGUACCAAAAUUGAACAACAAAGUUGAGCGGCAUGGGUCGCCGAACAUUGGCCUCGAGCGGCAUCAUCACCGUUCCAGUGCAAUCAAAUCAUCACCCACGUACUUCCACAACGGUGGAAGAUCACAUGGGAGAAACUCGACUGGUAGAUUGAGCUGCAGCCCAAAUUUUUCGUCGAAGGGUUCGAGGAAUUCGCCGUCGCGAUACGAUUAUAGUCCUCGCGGCAGUCCAACAAAUAGCUUCUACGCGGGUGCUAAGUUCUCUGAACCGCCGUCUCCUGCGAGCCUUCCCAAACCGCCCAGCCAUUGGACUACGAGACUGAUGUGCAGUUAUCAGCAAUCUGACAGGAGUUGCGAUAUUUCAAAUCAUCUCAAGAUGAUAUUAAACGUCCAAGCCUGA